AUGAUGAAAAAGACAAACAAUACCAUCCAAAAAUUGAGUACUCAAUACAUUCAAAAGAGAGCAUUUUCGACCGGAAAUGCAAUGAAUCGAUUGACGAGUCAUGGCACCAUUCAAUUGCCGUAUAUUGUGAAUGAGCCAAUGAAAACCUAUGCAAAAGGCUCUCCAGAACGAUCCGCUGUUCUCUCCGAAUGCGAAAAGUAUCUCAAUGUUCCAAAGGAUUCCAUCCUCCAAAUUCCAACCAUCAUCAAUGGAAAACGUUAUUAUCAAAACGAUGAAGAUUUAACCUUCCUUCGUGAGAUGCCUUCUCUCCGUUCUCAAUAUCUAUUCCGUGCUCAUGGUGCCAAUAAGGACAUGAUCCGAGAAGCUAUUGAAGGCUCUUUGAAAGCCAAGAAGGAAUGGGAAGAUAUGCCUCUCGAGUAUAAGUGUUCUGUCUUUUUGAAAGCUGCAGAUUUGUUAUCUAGUCCAGAUUGGAGAUACAAGAUCAAUGCUGCUACCAUGAUGGGACAAGGAAAGACCAUGUAUCAAGCUGAGAUUGAUAGUUCUGCUGAAUUAAUUGACUUUUUACGAUUUAAUGCUUUUUAUGCUUCCAAGUUGAUUGGACGACAAGUGGAUCAUCACAAUGCUGGAACUUGGAAUCGAGUGGAAUAUCGUGCUUUGGAAGGAUUUGUUGCUGCAAUUUCUCCAUUUAAUUUUACUGCUAUUGGAGGAAAUUUAGCUUGUGCUCCAGCUCAAAUGGGAAAUGUUGUCUUGUGGAAACCAAGUGACACUGCUGUGUUGAGUAAUUAUGUGAUUUAUCAAGUUUUGGAGGCUGCUGGAUUGCCACCAGGUGUUAUUCAAUUUGUUCCAACCAAGAAGGCAUCCGAUUUUGGAGAGACAGUUCUCAAUGAUCCAAACUUUACAGGUCUCCAUUUCACAGGUAGUACCAAGACAUUCCAAACAUUGUACAAUGAAAUUUCUAACAAGUUGAACACUUACAAAUCCAUUCCAAGAAUUGUUGGUGAGACGGGUGGAAAGAAUUUCCACUUUAUGCAUCCAGAUUGUGAUGUGACCACCUUUGUCAAUCAAACAUUGCGUGGCUCAUUUGAGUACAGCGGUCAAAAGUGCAGUGCUACAUCAAGAUGUUACAUUCCAAAAUCUAAAUUUGCUGAAGUUAAACAAGCACUCAUUGAGGAGACCAAGAAGCUUAAAGUUGGUCAACCCAACGAUCCAAAAUCAUUCACCUCUGCUGUUAUUGAUGAAAAAUCAUUCGACAAGAUUGUUGGAUUUAUUGAACGAGCAAGGAAUAGUCCUAAAUCAAAGAUCAUUGUUGGAGGUAACCAUUCUAAGGAAGUUGGUUACUUUGUUGACCCAACCAUUAUUGAGACUACUGAUCCUGUUUCUGAAACCAUGUCACAAGAAAUCUUUGGACCAGUUCUCACUAUUUAUGCCUAUGAUGAUUCAACACAGACCUUCCUCGAUGAUGUACUUCGUUUAAUUGAUACCACAUCUUCGUAUGGACUUACGGGUGCAAUCUUUGCUCGUGAUCGCAAUGUUAUUGCUAAAUGUGUGGAAGGUCUCAGACAUAGUGCUGGUAACUUUUAUAUUAAUGACAAAAGUACUGGUGCCAUCGUUGGUCAACAACCAUUUGGUGGAAGUAGAGUCUCUGGAACCAACGAUAAGGCUGGCUCAGAGAAUAUGCUUCUGAGAUGGACCAGUGUGAGAGCUAUUAAGGAAACAUUUGUACCUCUCAAACAUUGGGGAUAUCCUUCCAUUGAUUUGGAAUAA